AUGCCGAUGCCAGCAGUGCAGCCGCCCUUUCCCAGCCCGCCGGGCCCGGGCGACCAGUUUUUGCGAUGGGCAGGAGCCGAUGGGACCGGUGUUGUCGAUGCAGCCGCGCCCCCGGCGUUGAACUCGUAUGGCAUUGUCCCCGGUCAACAACAGCAGUUCGUGCAGCCCACGCCCAGCCCUAACAAUGCUCUCGCCCGGAGACAAAUCAACAGGGCGCUCGUGCCUACCGCCGGCAGGCCGAAUUACGAUUCUACAACCGAUCCUUGGUCCUUCGUCGGUGACGACGGUGCACUCCUGUCACAACCGCAACAACAGACGAACGGCAACAUGAACAACACCGAUAACAUUGAGGUGUUGGAAGAGAUGGCCCGCAAGGCCAUGACCCAGGCGCAGCAGAAGCGGAAACAGAUCCCCCCUUUCGUCCAGAAACUGAGCAGCUUUCUGGACGAUGACAAGAAUCGCGACCUGAUUAGGUGGUCAGAGAAGGGCGACUCGUUCAUCGUCCUCGACGAGGAUGAGUUUGCGAAGAAGUUGAUUCCCGAUUUGUUCAAGCACAACAACUACGCCUCAUUUGUGCGACAGCUGAACAUGUACGGCUUCCACAAGCGCGUCGGCCUGUCGGACAAUUCGAUGCGCGCAAGUGAGCGGAAGAACAAGAGCCCCAGCGAAUACUCCAACCCAUUCUUCCGUCGCGGUCACCCGAACCUGCUCUGGCUCAUCAACAAGCCCAAGAGCGGCAACAAGGGGAAGAAGGGUGGCAAGAACGCCGAGGUUGAGGGCGACAGCGAGGAGGACGGACUCGUCGAGGAUGGUGUUGCACAAGGACUUGGUGCCACCAGCGCUCCCGCCGGCAGAGCCCUCCCGCCUUCAGGAGACAUGCCCAUUCAGAAGAAGGAGAUGGCCCUGAUCAGAGAGGAGCUGGCCAAACUCCGCGAGCAACAGAGGUUGAUAAUGACGGCCAUCCAACGCAUCCAGCAAGACAACUCCGCUCUGUACAACCAGGCUGUUGUUUUCCAGAGCCAACACGACAGGCAUCAAAACUCCAUCAACGCCAUCUUGAACUUCCUCGCCAACGUGUUCAGAAAGACCCUCGAGGACCAGGCCGGAGCUCAGAGCGUCAACGACCUUCUGGCGAGCAUCAUCCCCAACGGCGGCAGCAACAACAGUUCCGUGCCUCAAGGCAGUGUGGUGGACCUGGGCGAUUACGUCCAGUCGCAGUCAGGUGUCGCAAACAUGAACCUUGCUAAACGCAGACAGGCGCUGCCUCCGAUCCCCAACGGACGUGCCAACACUGUUUCCCCUUCCCCGGCAUCGAGUGCAGCUACGCCUCAGCCCUACAACGGGCGUGAGAUGGGCACGGUCACGGAACUCUUCGACACAACCCCUGGAGAGCGCACUUCUUCUCCAAGCAACUAUCUGGCCCAGGAGCUCGAGACCAACCCCCACGAGAGCAUGAUGAGAAUCAUCCACGACACCAACGCCAAUAGCUCUUCGGGUAUUGACCUUCCCCAGGUUGUCAACAACACGCCUGCAACCAUGAGCCAGGACCAGCGGAAUAAGAUGCUGAACAUCAUGGCUGGCCGAACGGCAACACCCGGUUCAAAUCGUACCCCGUCAACAAAACCUUCCGUCUCAGCGUCGCCGCAUCCUCCGGCUCCAUCCGUGUCUCCCGCCCCUGACGCCCCUACCAUGCCCACAACAUCAGGUCUUUCGCUGUCGCCCAUCAUUGGUUCCGCCGAGCCUCCGCCUUCUCUGCAACAGAUCAACUUCAACUCGGCUGAUCUGGCUGCACUCCAGCGCAUGCAGGAAGAACAGGCCGCCAAGCUCGAUCAUCUCUCAAGCAUGCUGGGACCUUUGAGCCCCUCCGGUCAUAUUCCUGGUAUUGACGAGAAUGGCAACGUGAACCAGAAUGGCGGUUACUUCGGCAAUGACCUUGACAUUGAUCAAUUCCUCAACGCCGAUGCCUACCACGGCGAAGAUACUUACAACGGUGUCAACUUUGGUGGCGACGGGAACGACUUUAACUUCAGUCUGGACGGCGCCACCCCCACCGCUGGCGUUGCCGGUGUUAACGGCACCGCCAUCAACACACCGUCGAGCUCAAGUGGAACCGAGGAGAUUCCGCGAGACGGCUUUGAGACAUACAACGGCAGUCCAGACCGUGGUAUCAAGCGGCGUCGUGUGGACUGA